GGUUGGGCUGACGGGUGGGCGCCACGGUUCUGGUUGGCCAGGAAGUAGGGGGCGGGUGCUCUUCGGCGACUCACGGAAGCGGUUGGCCAGUCGUGGCGGGCGGGCGUCUAGAUUGGCCAGCGGGGUUCUGGCAGGUUCCAGAAGGCGGCUGAGCCGGCUAUAAAAGGGGCGCCAGCGGCGCUGUGACGGCACAUCGCGCCGCGGACGGCAGCGGGAGCGGGCGGCGGGAGCGGCGAUCGCGAGCGAGGCGCUGAGCAGAGACCUGCCAUCAUGUCUGGCAAAGGGCCGGCAAUCGGCAUCGACUUGGGCACCACGUACUCCUGCGUGGGUGUCUUUCAGCAUGGCAAAGUGGAGAUCAUCGCCAACGACCAGGGCAACCGCACCACGCCCAGCUACGUGGCCUUCACCGAUACAGAGCGCCUCAUCGGCGAUGCCGCCAAGAACCAGGUGGCUAUGAACCCCACCAACACCAUCUUUGAUGCCAAGCGUCUCAUCGGCCGCAAGUACGAUGACCCCACGGUGCAGGCUGACAUGAAGCACUGGCCCUUCCGUGUGGUGAACGAGGGUGGCAAGCCCAAGGUGCAAGUGGAGUACAAGGGUGAGAUGAAGACCUUCUUCCCAGAGGAGAUCAGCUCCAUGGUCCUUACCAAGAUGAAGGAGAUCGCUGAGGCCUAUCUGGGGCGCAAGGUGCAGAAUGCUGUCAUCACAGUGCCUGCCUACUUCAAUGACUCCCAGCGCCAGGCCACCAAAGACGCUGGCACCAUCACUGGCCUUAAUGUGAUGCGCAUUAUCAACGAGCCCACAGCAGCUGCUAUAGCCUAUGGCUUGGACAAGAAAGGUACCCGGGCCGGAGAGAAGAAUGUGCUCAUCUUUGACUUGGGAGGGGGCACUUUUGAUGUAUCCAUCCUUACCAUUGAGGAUGGCAUCUUUGAGGUGAAGUCCACAGCUGGUGACACCCACCUGGGUGGGGAGGACUUUGACAACCGCAUGGUGAACCAUUUUGUGGAAGAAUUCAAGCGUAAGCACAAGCGCGACAUUGCUGGCAACAAGCGAGCGGUGAGGCGACUGCGUACGGCUUGUGAGAGGGCGAAGCGCACCCUCAGCUCUUCCACGCAAGCUAGCAUUGAGAUCGACUCCCUCUACGAGGGCAUUGACUUCUACACCUCCAUUACUCGUGCCCGCUUCGAGGAGCUCAAUGCUGAUCUCUUCCGUGGCACCCUGGAGCCAGUGGAGAAGGCUCUGCGCGAUGCCAAGCUAGACAAGGGCCAGAUCCAGGAGAUCGUGCUGGUGGGUGGCUCCACUCGUAUUCCCAAGAUCCAAAAGCUGCUACAGGACUUCUUCAAUGGCAAAGAGCUCAACAAGAGCAUCAACCCCGACGAGGCUGUUGCUUAUGGCGCUGCCGUGCAAGCGGCUAUCCUCAUGGGAGACAAGUCUGAGAAUGUGCAGGAUCUGCUGCUGUUGGAUGUCACCCCUCUGUCCCUGGGCAUCGAGACAGCUGGUGGCGUGAUGACAGCUCUCAUCAAGCGCAACACCACCAUUCCCACCAAACAAACUCAGACCUUCACCACCUACUCUGACAACCAGAGCAGCGUCCUGGUCCAGGUGUACGAGGGCGAGAGGGCUAUGACGAAGGACAACAACUUGCUGGGUAAAUUUGACCUAACGGGCAUCCCCCCGGCACCCCGUGGAGUCCCCCAGAUCGAGGUCACUUUUGACAUCGAUGCCAAUGGUAUCCUGAAUGUCAGCGCUGUGGACAAGAGCACGGGUAAGGAGAACAAGAUCACCAUCACCAAUGACAAGGGUCGCCUUAGCAAGGAUGACAUUGACCGUAUGGUGCAAGAAGCAGAGAAAUACAAAGCGGAGGAUGAAGCUAACCGAGAUCGGGUGGCAGCCAAGAACUCCCUCGAGUCCUACACUUACAACAUGAAGCAGACGGUGGAGGACGAUAAACUGAAGGGAAAGAUCAGUGACCAGGACAAGCAGAAAGUGCUCGACAAGUGUCGGGAGGUGGUCUCCUGGCUCGAUCGCAACCAGAUGGCCGAGAAGGAAGAGUACGAGCACAAGCAGAAAGAGCUGGAGAAACUUUGCAACCCGAUCGUCACAAAAUUGUACCAGGGAGCUGGAGGGGCCGGUGCGGGUGGCUCCGGUGGCCCGACCAUCGAAGAAGUAGAUUAAAGAGAACUGAAGUAUAGACUGGUUUAUGGACAGUCACUCCAUUCUUUGCUUUGUAUUUUUUUUUUUCUAACGUUUAAGGAAAACGUCCUUGCCGAUAACAGAGUUUAUUCUGUUGGGUGUGUAUAAAGGCAGAUCUGUCAGCUUGGUUUUGAUAAAAGGGAAGGCACGUCCUGCUUUAUAAGGUUAGUAAUAGACAACCUUUGUUAAUUCAGAUACAGCUGUUUGUACUCUGGAUGUUUGUCUCUGUUCAAGUGUCUCUUCUAAAGUAACCACUCGACUGUUGCAGUUGACAAGUUUCAAGUUAUGCAUGAAAAUCUUUAUGGAAGAGUAAAAAAAAUAUGCCAAAUUAGGCUUCUGGAAAUUUUGGUAAUAAAUAAAAUGUAUUUAAAGCAUAAA